CCUAGGUCGAUCAGGCAACACUUCGCCCAGGUCUGGUGAUAGCGAGACUAUAUAAAUCCGCUUGAAUACGUUUUGCCUUGAGCAUUCAAGACUUCAGUUGCAGUUCGAUGCGUUCGUUUCGUGAGCAAACUCAAGUGCUGAACAGCUGGUUUUCGCAGUGGAACCGAUGUGAGCAGACGAUCUCUUUGUAUGCCUUGUUGAGCCGCGUGUCGGCUGAACAAGCACGGUUUCUCAUGCUUGUCCUGGAGCACAAUCUUCAAGCCAGGAGUGAGGGAGACAAACAAGAUCUGGAAGGAGUCGCCGAGCAAGCUAACAGUGCUGAUUACAUCAGUCAGUUGGGUCAAGAAUCUCAGGAUUUGGUUGCUUCUCGUCUUCUGUCAUUUCUACUGUUACUUCAACCAGGAAAUCCUAAUGCUGUUUCUGCGUACUUGAAGCUUCUGCCCAGUGUUUUGCUUCAGUCGUCAACUUCAGAUGAUGGUCAACAUCUAGGUGAUUGUCGACAAUUACUGUCUCUUGCUCUUGUACAUCCUGCAUUUCCUUCCCAAGAGAAAGGAAGGCUGAGAUGUUUGUUGGCUAUGCUAGAAGAGCAAGCAAAUCACUUCGAACAAAACCACUCUGGGAAGUGGCCUGUUGAUCAGCAGACCAAGUGGCAUGGCUAUGAUGGUGAUAUUCCUGCCAUUAACCAGCCAACAAGUGCAGAAGUUUCACAUCUUAUGAGUAGGCGAGCUGAUGCUUGGAAAUCGUCUGUGCCAUCUCGUUUACUUUCAGCAAAAGAAAUGGUAGUAGCCAUGCCAACAUCAGUAUCUGUCUCUAACGGCCAUGGUCAGUUAUCAUCACAUGGAGUUCAAAGCACAGGUGGAAAGCCACAGAGAACAAGGUCGUUGAAAGUAAUGUCUGGUGGCCUUGAAGCUGGAGGCAGUGGAUUAUUGGGUUUGGUUGACAUUGAUGGGACUACAGGAAAGGAGCGUGCAAAUUCCCUUCCUCAUCUGUCUCAUUCUCAUUUGAGUACUGGUGACCAGGCUUCCAAAAAUGGUGUGUGGAGUAGUGACCGACCAAAGAUAGCUGCCAAUGGCUUUAGCAAUCCAGGAAUGAAAGGUUGUCAUUGAUGUUUAUAUUUGAUUGAUUACUGUUGCUGUAAUACUCUGACUGUACAUGAGACAACAUUUUAUGCCACUGUCUUGUCUGUUGUAUGUGUGUAUUAUUGUAUGUUUGUAUAUUUUGCUUAUGCUUUGUACUGACAAGUACCAAACAUUUUUCAAAAACAUUGGUUUUUGAAUAUUUUUGAAAGACGUAAGCAACAUUUGUAGUAUUAUAUAACAUUAAGAUA